AUGAUUUAUGAGUUCAAGAACAUCCAUGCAAAGAUUGAUGGGAACUAUCCUGACCUCAACAACAAUUACAUGCAACUUGCCUCUCAUCUCAAGGCUUUGGAGAGUCAAGUUGCUUCUAUGCAUUCCUCCUCCAAGCAGCCAAUGGGGUCUCUAUCAGGGAAACCAGAAAAGAACCCCAAGGAGUCUUGCAAUGUUGUCUUCUCCACUACUUCUCCAGAGAUUGAGCUGAGUGAUCAUGAGAAAGAGGAGGAUGAGAUUGAAAGACUGGUAUUUGGAACUGAGUUUGGGGAAGUUGAGAGAUUUGUUGUGGCCACAGCUGAAGAACAUAUUGUGAAGGACGUUGCCAUGAAGGUUGAAGCAAUGAAUCUGCAAAGAACUGAGCACAAGGCUGCGAAACAAGUUGAAAAGAGAGCUGAAAAAGUUCUCACCAAAGCUCAGAAGAAGGUGCUCUCCAAGUUCAGGAAAGAUCUUAGUGAUGUUGGGGUCAGGCUUCCAAAAAUCUCGGGUAUACGUGAAGCUCAUGUCCAGAUGAUGCUCAUCAACGACAUUCUAGACCACCAAACUGAAGUGGUCGAGCUUUUGGACAUCUCCAUUCAGAAGAUUGAUCCACCAAUCCCUCCAAAGUCCCUCCCUAAGCUUGAGUCUCAAGGGAUGUUCACAUUGCCUUGCUACCUUGGUAAUCUCACUUUUGAUGAUGCUCUUAGUCUAGGGAUUGAGAGCAUGGAGCCAAACGCAUCUUCCAUACAGUUUGGAGAUUCCUCUUCUACAACUCCAAUUGGUCUCAUCAAGGACUUCCCUUUGAAGAUUGGAACAUGCACCAUUCCUAUAGACCUCACUGUUCUGAAGAUGGCAACUGAGAAGAGGGUUUCAUUGAUCCUUGGCACUCCAUUCCUUACAACAGUAGGAGCUUGCAUAGACUUUGCCAACAAGAAGGUCACACUCGUAAAUGUGAACAAAGCUGUCUUCUAUCCACUACAAUCACCAAAGAUGAUUGCUGAGUAUUGUGGAACAAUCACUUGUGGAGCAUCCUCCAUUGAGAAGACCAAGACUGAAGGGAUUGUUAUUAAGAAAGAAGGUCUUGCUAGAGAGUCCUCUAAAGAGCUGUGUGAUGAGCACUUGGAAAGUGCUACAAAGUAG